CAUAUGGUACUUCGCCGACUUGUGCUUCAAGACAGCAACACUGCACGGCAAGGCAUGUCCAAAAUAUGUCUAUUUGCAGCCUGGAAUGAUUGCCAGCGUGAGCUUGAAGGAAUUCACACUGUUGCUGCGCGCUGAAUCUUGGAGCAUCACAGUGAUGUGCUAUGUGUACACAUUCGAUACCGCUCGCAAUGAUGCUAUUUUCAAGCUUUCUGUACGACAUCCCACCCACAUCGUAUCGCAUCGGUACCUGCUUAGUGACUCCGCAUGUUGUACAUCAUGCAGCCAAGCGCUCAUGCAGGGCGAGCGUCACUCCACCACCGGAGGAAGGUCUGUGUGUCUGGACAGACUCGUCUCGCAUCCGUGACACGAAAGCUUGUUUGCAGCAUCCCCACCACGGGCGGAGAGUUGCGAAAUCUGCUCGAAAUUGGAAUGAAGAUCUAUUACAAAGACUAGUGGCUCGGGAUAUGUCGUUCCGGAAUUUCUGUACGAAAAGUGUGCGCAGGGCGAGGAGAUGUAGAAAUACAACGUAGAUGUGCAAGAUACAGUGCGGUAUGCAACGAGCGCGAGUCAUCGCAGCAGAUGAAAGCCAGCCCAGUCUAUGCUGGUGUCGAUGCGUCCUGUCU